AAACGUAGAAGAAGAAGGAGCGUUCGGAAGCAUGCUCGCCACGCGCCCCCGCCGUUCCAGCGAGAGACGCCGGGGCACCGUAGCCGGCGCCCCGCCGCUGCCGUUGCCGCCGGCCACGCCAAAAUUCCGCGCGGCGAGAACAAAAUUGGCCGACCAUGCUGUCCACGCUGCAGCUGGUGUGCUUGGUGGCGUUCGCGCUGUACCUGCUGUACUACUACACGUACGUGGUGCGCAAGCCGUGGGUCAUCUGCGGCUCGGCAAGCAUGCGCACCUUCCUGCGUGUCAACUGCGGCCCGUUGAUCGAGAACCACUUCUGGCCGCCCAUCUGGUGCAUAGGGGCAAACGCCCAGAGCCUCCUCAGCCUCGUCUGCCAGCGCUUCAUGCCGCAGCUGCCUCUGCGGCGGCAGGUGUUGACGCUUUCGGACGGCGGGACGGUGGCGCUCGACUGGAUCAACGAGCACUACCCGCCGCCGGUGGUGCUCUUCCUGACGGGCCUGUCCAGCGGCAGCCAGGUGUACUACCUGCGCACGCUGGUGCCCAUGGUGGCGCAGAUGCGUUGCCCCUGCGUGGUGCUCAACAACCGCGGCCAGGGCGGGCUGCCCCUCAACAACUACAGGCUCGUCUCCGCGCUCAGCACCGGCGACCUCGCCGAGGCGCAUCGCAGGUGGUGGCGGCAGUGCGCCGCCGCUUCCAGGGCGGCGCGGUGCUGGCCGUCGGCUACUCGAUGGGCGGCAUGCUGCUCAGCCACUACCUGCUGCAGGCCGGCGACGCGGCGCAGAUCGACGCGGGCCUGUCCAUAUCGGCGCCUUUCCAUCUGCGCACGAGCUACGAAAACCUGAUGAGCUGGUCCUCGACAUUCCUCGUCAACUUGUACCUCGCCCACUGCCUCAUGAGCCUCGUCAAGAGCAACGCCGACGUCAUGGGCGCCACCGACGUGAUCGACGUGAACCGGCUGCUGCAGUGCCGCACGCUCUACGACUUCGACAACCGCUACACGGCGCCGGUGUUCGGAUUUCGGGACGCCAUGGAGUUCUACGAGUUCGCCAGCCUCAAUGGCAAGCUGUCGACGGUGCGGCGCCCGUUGCUCUACCUGGUGGCGGCCGACGACGUCUUCGGCUCGCUGAAGACGCUGCCGGCGGCCGAAAUCGAGCAGUCUCCCUGGCUGUCCGCGAUCGUCACCCCGCGCGGCGGCCACUUGGGCUUCGUCGACGGCUGGCUGUGGCCCCGACCGCCCUUCUACUCGGAGCGCGUCGCGGCCGCGUACGUGCGCGGCCUGCUGGCACUCGCCAGGGGUCCCCUGGGACUGAAGGCUCUGCACGCGCUCGUCGACAGCGCCGUUCACUCGAGCUCGCUGUUCCAGCCGGCCAGAGAGAAGCUGAUGGCGACGUCCAUUAUGCCGCGACCGGAGGACGACGAGGUCGCUGUUGCGGCGACGCCGUCAGGCGAGAACAAACGCAACCAAGAUAUUGUGCGAACAAUGAUGAUGGUGUGACGCGAUCCUGGACGAUGCCUCGACCACCGCGGCGGCGACGGCGGCGCUUGCACGACCCGGACCUGGCGUAUAUACCGCCAAUGCUGCGCCGCAACAACUCGUGUUGAAUGUGGAAACGACAUGCAGGUCCGAGGCUUCGCUCGGUUGAUUAGAAUAUGCCACGCUCAUUGAGAAUUAAAUCAAUCGAAAUUCGGUA